GGGAUGAUGCAGUGCGCCGGAUGUCAGAAGGCGAUCGACGACCGAUACGUGUACAUGAUCCAGGAUCGAGUGUGGCAUGGCGCCUGUAUCCUCUGCUGCGAGUGCCGCUCGGUGUUGAGGGAGCGUUGCUAUCAUCGCGACGGCAAGUACUUCUGUCGAAAGGAUUUCUUCAGGUUGUUUGGGACACUCUGCUCGGGAUGCGGGCAGGGUAUUGCACCGGACUGUUUGAUUCAUCGCUUCGGGUCGAGGGUCUAUCAUCGCGAGUGUCUCACUUGUGCAGCAUGCGGGCGAAAGUUGGAGACGGGCGACGUGAUGCGGAUAGGCGAGAGCGGCGUCUUGGUGUGUCGAUGCAGCUUCGGAGAUCUAGAGGAGCGCGAAGAUCAAACAACUGCAAGUAAACGGACACAGUCGGGCAGCAGCAGUCGAGAUGAGUAUGGAGAGAAGGUGGAAGAAAGAGACAAGGCGAGAGAUACAGCGAGUUCGGGGGACGGUAACUCCCACGACGACGACCAGCGAGGAAGCUCCGAUAGUGAAAAGAUGGAGAAAGGUGAUUCGCAGUCUUCCUCGACUGCCGCUCCGGAAGGCAAACGACGCGGCCCGCGAACGACUAUCAAGGCCAGACAGUUGGAAAUGCUCAAGUCGGCGUUUAAUCACGCACCGAAACCAUCUCGACAAGCAAGGGAACGACUGGCCAAAGAGACGGGGCUCACCAUGCGGGUCAUACAAGUAUGGUUUCAAAACAGACGCUCGAAGGAGCGAAGAAUGCGGCAACUAGACAAUACAGGCAAAAGCAUGAUUCAUGGCCAGCAGCCAGGAAUGCAGCAGCGAAGCCAGCAACUCUCUUAUCCGCCUACUAUUCUUCAUCAGGACAAUCAUGGCUUCUAUUCCCAACAUGCAGGGCAAUAUCAUGCAGCACCUGUACACUAUUCACAACAAUUGCAAUCACGUCCAGUGGAGCAGGCUCCAGGUGCUAGAGGUCCACUGACCACCUACCAUGGACAGACUGGAUACAUGCCUCCCCCACCUCCGGAAUCGAAUGUUCCCUACUCUUAUGGUUAUCAUUAUUCUGUUCCAUACCAGAGUCAACCAUCGAGUGUGCAGGCUCAGAGACUGCACAGGCCAUCAAGUCGACAGCUCGACAUGAUCUCUAGCCCUCCACAUCAUCCAUCGACUAUGACCCUACAGCACAUGCAAGAUGUCGGACAACUCGCGCAUCCUCCACCUCGUAAACUCUCAACUACUUCAUCGAUGAUCUGGAUUCCACAACAGUUGACUGUCAUGGAGGACUGUAUACCACCACCCCGUACUAGCUGAGCAAAGUCAAGCCGACUAGCAUAGGAAAACUCAAAAAUCGCUGGAGUACUGUUCUGUACUGUACUGUACUGUACUG